CACAACACAAUUAGAAAAUGACCAACCAUCCUGAGCACCUAGACAUUCAUGAUUCAGGAGGUCCUCCUGCAGGGAUUUUGUCCUUUCAAGACACAGAGAAUAAUGGCACCUCAGCCAUGGUCACAAUCAUGCAGGACAUUCCUACAUUUGGAAUCGCGGGGCGAAUCUGGGAUAGCUCUUAUGCAAUUGACAUAUUUCUUCGUAGGCCAUCAAGUCAAUAUACCUUCACACCUUCAUGCCCUAUCCCUCAUGAGUAUUUUAUAGACGCCUCGAAUACAGCGAACUGCAGCAACAGAGGCGAACAAUCACUAGACCCUAUUAGGAUAGUUGAACUUGGAGCUGGAACUGGCUACGUAGGGAUCGCGCUGGCUAAACGACUACGCUCCUCUUGCACAGUGGUCUUGACAGACUUGGAGGAGGUCAUUCCAUUAUUGGAAAAAAACGUGCGGGACAAUAUUGACCAGAAGGUUCUAGACAGCUGCUCCGAUUCCAUUAACUCACCAAUACCAAAAUCAACGUCCUCAACACCACCAGAGUUAGGAUCUUCGCAGCGUUCCUGUGCCAAAGUCGAAGUCAAACCUUUAGCAUGGGGCAACUCGACCCAUGCAGAAAAAAUCCUGGCCCAGGGCCGAGUCGACUAUAUAGUGGCAAGUGAUUUAGUGUACUUCCCUGAGUUGUAUCCGCCUCUAUUGGAGACAUUGAAGGAAGUUACAGACCUAGAGACUCGAAUCAUCUUUGGAUACAAAGAACGUGCACAUUGGAAAGAGCUGCCAUUCUGGGAGCAGUUUGGGCGAUUCUUUAAAUUUGAAGUCGUAAGGAUUGAAAAAAAUCGUCCAAGUACUGAUCCGCAUCAAAGUAAUGAGAGUGAUGAUGAAGAGUCACUGAAGAUCUUUGGGUCCGAGGAGGACAUGUUUGUCUUUAUAGCGAAAAAACGCCGCGAUGAGGAGAUUUUAGCUGGUGUAGACGAUACUUUAACUACUCUGAUGAUGAUGCAAAUUAGGUAUUAGCAUUUCUUUGAUUUGUAUCGCAAUACAAUAAAGUAUAAGUG